CCGACUUGCGCCCUCCGCCCACUUUCUCGGAGCGUAAUAAUGAAAGGGGAGGAGCUCAGUCACCUCGAGGUUCUUCGGACCGACGCGAGAAGCCCAAAGUGUUCGGCAAAGACGCCGCGGAGCUCGUGGUUCUUCUGUUACCUCUUACGGCAGGGAUAAUGUCUGGGGAAUUCGCCAGAAGCUUAGGAAAAGGAAGUUCUGCUCCAGUGCCUGUGCCUGAGGGAGUGAUCCGCCUCUACAGUAUGCGCUACUGCCCCUUCGCACAGAGAACGCGGCUAGUCCUGAAAGCCAAAGGAAUCAACCAUGAAAUUGUCAAUAUCAACUUGAAAAACAAGCCAGAGUGGUUUCUGGAGAAAAGCCCAUUUGGAUUGGUACCUGUUCUGGAGACUAGCAAGGGUCAGCUGAUCUAUGAGUCUCCAAUCACUUGUGAGUAUUUGGAUGAAGCUUACCCAGGGAACAGGCUGUAUCCUACAGAUCCUUAUGAAAAAGCUUAUCAGAAGAUGCUCCUGGAACAGUUCUCUAAGCUAAUCCCUCUGAGCUACAAGUACCUUCUGGCCACCAAGAGUGGAGAUGAUGUGUCGGCUGUAAAGAAUGAGUACCUUGAAAAGCUUCUGAAACUUGAAGAGAUUUUAGUAAACCACAAGACUAAGUUCUUCGGCGGGAACUCUGUAUCCAUGAUUGACUAUCUGAUCUGGCCAUGGUUUGAGCGUAUGGAGCCCUACCAGUUACAUGACUGUCUGGACCACACUCCCACCCUAAAACACUGGGUUGCAGUCAUGAAGCUGGAUCCGGCGGUUCAGGCUACGAUAACAGACGUUCAGGCCUACAAAGGCUACCUUGAGCUGUAUCUGGAGAACAACCCCAAGGCCUGUGACUAUGGGCUCUGAGAGCUGGUGGAAGCCUUUUCGACAGAUGGCAAAGCGUACUGGCAUUAUUAUUGCUCCAGUAUGCAUAUCUGCUAUUUACUUAAGGUGCAUUAUUGUUGUGGCAUGGUUUUGUUUUGAUGUGCAGUGGAUUAUAUGGAUAUGCUGAAAUGACAGACCACCUGCACAAGGCUUUUGCUCUGAAAAGGAAGAUGCUUAAAACUGGGGCAGGAAGGUUUUUAGGGGUUGACUAUUAUUUGCCCAUCAACCAAGGUUGUAAUGUUGUCUGUCUCCUGUCUUCCUCAUCAGUUUAUAGGGUUGACGUCUAUGUUGGCUCGGUUGCUGUUUUGAUACCGAUGACUGGCCUUCAGAAAUAAACACACUUUAAAUACA